ACAAAAAUUAGGGUCCUCCGAAAUUCCAAGCACCGAAAGUGACAUACACAAUAACAUAGGGUUUGUCUUCCUCAUUCCUUCCAUUUUCUCUCUCCAGGAAAAAAAUAAUCAAUCAAUCAAUCAACAAUUUUCUCUUUCACUCUCUUCCUUCACUCUCUCUUUCUCUCUCCUCGCUUCCACUGUUUGUGCGAAAGCAAACAUCAAUGGCAGCGGAAGAUUCUAGAUCUGGUGGUAGUGGUGCCGCAGAUACCUAUCUUGGCAGUUUGAUUAGUUUAACCUCGAAAUCCGAAAUCCGAUAUGAAGGUGUUCUUUUCAACAUCAAUACCGAAGAAGCUAGCAUCGGUCUUCGUAACGUUCGAUCCUUUGGAACGGAAGGUCGCAGAAUGGAUGGUCCACAAGUUUCCAUCAGCGACAAAGUUUAUGAAUAUAUAGUUUUUAGAGGAAGUGACAUCAAGGACUUACAAGUCAAAUCUUCCCCACCUGUGCAGACAGCUCCGCCAGUUCACAAUGAUCCAGCUAUUAUACAGUCUCACUAUGCAGCUCCAACUGCAUCUUCUACUUUGCCUCCUGCUUCUGUUGCUUCUGCUGCUGGAUCCUUGUCGGAUUUUAGUAGCCAAAUGUCACAUCCUGGAGUACCGAUAUCUACAUAUCAGAACAGUAAUGGCACGACUCUUUCUGCUCCAAUGUAUUGGCAAGGAUAUUACGGCCCCUCAGGCUCCCUUCAGACGCAACAGUCGUUGCUUCGACCUGUUCAAGGUUUUUCAAUGCCCCCCUCAAUGCAGCCUCCAUCAGCACAGCAACUAGUUCAUUAUCCAACCAUGAGUUCAUCUCUACCAACUGGAGCUUCCAACAUCUCAGUUUCACAAUCCAUGGAGUUUCCCGCUCCGCUGCCACAGCCCAUUGUUAGCAGCACUCUAUCAAUGCAAUCCAAUGUGCAUCCUGUCCUGCCACAGCCCAUUGUUAGCAGCACUCUAUCAAUGCAAUCCAAUGUGCAUCCUGUCCAGUCCUAUUCUCUAGCUGCAGACUCCUCAACUAAUAUGAUGCCUUUGAAAACUCCAGCUCAAGUUAUACCAGCUGUAUCCCAGAGUACUAACUCAUCCUUGGUGUCACCUGCAUUGGAUAAAAGUACUGUUGCACCUUUGAUAUCCAACCAGGCAAAUCCAGUUUCUUCUACUUCUAUGCCUUUAAAGAACUUGUCUGAAUCCUUAUCUGCUGUUGGGGGAAAAUCCACUUCGCCUGUACUGGUGACUCCAGGUCAAUUUUUACAGCCUGGACCCACCAUUUUACAUACUGCACAAACUGCACAAACAGAGCAGAAGGACGUUGAAGUGGUUCAGGUAUCCUCAUAUGUGUACCCAGCACAACCAUCAACCGUCUCAGUGGCAGCAACAGCUAUGGUCCCAGUAUCAGCCGAUGCUAAGGCACCACUUUUGCCGCUUCCUUCACCUUCAAAUUCAAAGAUGAAUGGUGGAGCUCCAUCUCAAACUCGUUAUACCAAUCGUGGGGGCCGUGAGCGAAGAAGAGGGAAUGAGUUUCCGCAUCCUGCAGCCAGCUUCACUGAAGACUUUGAUUUUGAGGCAAUGAAUGAAAAAUUCAAAAAAGAUGAGGUAUGGGGACAUCUGGGUAAAAGUAAAGCUAAAGCUGACGAGGGGUUAGAUCUUCAAGAUGAUGAUGAUUAUGAUGAUGGUGAUGUGUCGAAUGCUGAUGCAAGGCAUGUUUAUAAAAAGGACGAUUUCUUCGAUACCUUGUCUUGCAAUGCCCUUGAUCGUGAAUCACGUAAUGGAAGGACUCGAUUUUCGGAACAAAUGAGGCUAGACACAGAGACAUUUGGCAAUUUCCCGAGAAACAGGGGAUUUCGAGGUGGUCGAGGACCUGGAGGGGGACGGUCACGAGGUGGUUAUUAUGGGAGGGGCAAUGGCAAUGGCUAUGGCUAUGGCUAUGGCUAUGGCGGAAGGGGCCGAGGGCAUAAUGUGUACCGUGCCAUGUAGUUGGCACAGUGGCAAUAACCUAGCGAUGUGAAAGCUAGGUUUGCUUGGCCUCCUCUUGUAGCUUUGGUGGUCUGGCUUGUUUAUAGAGAGAACCCCAAGUUCAAGAGUCAGAGGUCUGGCAGUAGGUUGUAGCAAGUAGGUUAAGCUCGAAAUCCUUAUCUGGCAGAUUGAAGGAACACUUUGCCUAAGUUGGUGCGGUGAACAAGAUGCACCUUUGCUUAGGAAGUACAGCGAAUCUUAUAUCUGUAGAAUAAUGAGCUAACGAGUAAUGGUGGACACCUUUCUGUAAUCCGUUUAUUUCGCUUCCAUGUAGCGCCUGGCAGAAGCUCUGGUGGUGGCUUAAGCAGCAACUUUAGAAUAAAGCUAAUUUAUGGGUUAUGCUAGCAGAGAAACUAUGUUACUUUGCAGUUGUCUCUCUCUUAAAUGUAUGCAAGAGAGUAUUUGUGGACUAGAUCUUAAGUACAAUGGUCCAAGAGUAAUUCAUUAUCAUUGCUUUCGUAUUA